AUGUCCUCCCCCCCCACCUCGAAAAGAAUCAAAACUACUCUGCCCGCCAAUCCGCCUCCCACACAUCCUUUAAACCAGGCAGGACCUCCUUUUCCUGGUCCUGGCCACUUUGAAGCGCCUCCCAUGGUGCCAGCUCCUCCCCCUACGCAGGCACCCCCAGCACCUCCCCAGCAACAGCCAGGAACUGUGCCUGCUGUGAAUCCCCGGAAAAGACGUGCGUCAUUCCAACAGUCCGCGCCCAUGUCAACCAUGGCGCCUCCACAGCUAACUGCCCCUGUUGAAGGUGAAGGGAACCCACCAACCACUGCUGCAGCACCAGAGACAGGAGGCAAGAAGAAAGGCCGCACGAAUACUCCAUGGACUGCCGAAGAAGAACAGCGACUGAAGGCAAUGCGAGAUGCCGGUAACACCUGGAGCGAAAUUGCCAAGACAUUUCCUACAAGGACAGAGGGCAGUGUCAAGAAACAUUGGUACAAGGAUAUGCACUAUGCUGAAUUCGCUGAGGAUGAGUCAGCCGCUCUGAGGGAGGCAAUCAAAGAAUACGAAGCAAAUAAGUGGAAGGUCAUUGGCCAGAAGAUUGGAAAGCCUGCUAAGGCAUGCGAGCAAUACGCAAAGGAACACUUCAAGAAUUUGUAAGGGAAAAGACAGAUGAAAGUCUCCUGACCACAUUUUAUCCCUCGACUUGGACCAUUCCAGCCUCUCCUAUUUCCUACGACGGUUUCAACUAUUUGUUCCAGUAAUUAUCGGUCCUUUUUCCUGCUUUCUCCCCUCUUUUCCCCCUUUUUUAUUUUUUUUUUUUGGUCGCCAAAUAUCGCGGAGGAGCAACCGGGAUGGAAGGUUCUUAGGAGUAUGGCUGGGUACUGUUCUUGCUGUUCAUGGAUACUAUGCCGAGAUACCAUGGUGGAAAUCUAGUUCCGGCAACGUUACGCUGCGAUAUUUUGGUCUCCUUGCGUUUUAUAUAUUGUUGCCCUGUCAAUUUUUCGCGUUGUUCUUUGGUUUCUUUUUUAUGUGGGAAAGUUGUGUUGGUAUACGAAACGGGAUCUUUUUUUUACGCAAGUGUUCUACGGGUCGACGACAAACUGGUUUUCUCUCCUUUUUCCUUUUUUUUUUUUUUUUCCUCCACGUAUGCCUUGUAUUCCUUUUUGUUCCCCCUUUCUAUUUUUAUUUCUUUUUUCUCUUUUCUUUUUCGUAUUCAUGUGGUUUUUUGCUUAUGUUUUAGCUUCGGGUGGUUUUAACGGGAUUAAUGACAUGAUCACGGUUGAAAAGUA